ACAGAGCGCCGCCCUUAAUCAGACAACUCAGACAACUGUUGAAAAGAUUGGUGUGACGGAGCUUCAGUCAGAGGGGGAGUUUUCUCUGUCCAUGUCCAUUGAAAUGCCUUAUGAGAUCAUCAACUUGAGCUCUUCACACCGCAUCAAAACCAAGAGGACAGACUGUAAGGCAGUGAUCAGCACGUUACCGGGACAGACUCUAGGAUCUGAAGGGUUACAUGUGUCCUUCAGUCUUUCUAAUAUCCACAUGCCCAGGAUGUGGGUCGAGAACCAUCCGGAUAAAGAUAGUCAGGCCUGCAUGCUGGUGUUUUAUCCAGACUUUAAGUCAAGCGGGGUGUCCAGCUCUGGAGGUCCGUCCAGUGUGAGCGAUGUGGUCAUUCUACUGGACUCCUCCAAGUCCAUGCGGGGAGACGCCAUGCUAAACGCCCGCAGGAUUGCCCUUCAAGUCCUCAAAUCUCUGGACCGCUCACUGAAGAUCAACAUCAUCUCUUUCAGCACUGAUUACAAGGAAGCUUUUCCUGCACCAGUGCCUUUAGAUGAGGAAUCUGAAGCAGCCAGAAAAUUUAUUAUGUCGUGUAGCGGCUCUGGUGGCAGCACUGAUCUGUGGCGGCCUCUCCGGAUCCUGAGUCUGCUGCCUCCCUGCAGGGGCGUGAGGAACGUCCUGCUGCUCUCUGAUGGACAUGUUCAGAACCAGCCUCUGACCCUACAGCUGGUCCGAGAAAACUCCUGCCACACGCGCCUCUUCACCUGCGGACUCAGCUUGACAGCUAAUCGUCAUUUGCUCAGAGCUCUGGCUCAGGCAGGUGGAGGAACAUAUGAAUUUUUUGACACAAAGAUGAAACACACUUGGACAGAGAAGGUGCACGCUCAGGUUCAGCGUAUUGAGUCUCCAGGCUGCAGAUCAGUGGCAGUGAAGUGGCAGCAGUUUAGUCCCACAGCGCCCCGUCCUGUUCAAGCCCCUUCACAGCUUCACGCCCUCUUCAGUGACUGUCACUCUCUGAUAUACGGCUUUGUGCCACACUGCACUCAGGCCACACUGUUUGGUGAUUUGAGUGGACAAGAGAUCAAAACAAUGGUUUCCACCACAGAACUACAAAAGACAAAGGGAACUUUCCUUCACAAGUUAACAGCAAGAGCGAUCAUCAGAGACUAUGAAGAUGGCAUUCUAGGCAACAGUGAGGCAGAACACGAGGGAAAGAAAGCAGAGCUGAAGUCCUACAUCAUUGAGCUCAGUAAAGAGUUCUCCAUCUUGUCCCAGUUCACAAGUUUUGUCGCCAUUGAAGAGAGGGACCAGAAUGAGCUUGACACUGGAUUCAAAGAUAUUCCUAAAAUCAUAUCAGAAGAGAAUGUGGAUAUUUUGCCAUAUAUGGGCUGGACUGAAGAGAAGCUGAAGACUGUGCAUAUUAUUGUUGCUGAAGAUGACAUACCGAUGGAAUCAGAGCGAUGCAGCAGUAGCUCCACAUCUGAAGAAAUCCUGGGUUCUGCUCGUGAAGCAGCCGAUUUUGAUGAUGAUGAUUCAGAGGAUGACUAUAUAUCUGUUAAUGAUUUUAUAGAACAAGCAUCAGCAGCUAACCGUGCUCUUCCUCGCUUCCUCACUCCACGUUUUGAAGGUAGCACUGACACUUUCAGAGGCUGUCUGAAAACUAAACCUGUUGUAAGAUAUCACCAUCACCCUGCUAUCAAGCAUGGUGCAUUAGUGGAUGCUCCCAGUCCCCCUUUUCUACAGGAGUUAGGAGAACCUCUCUACAUGGAUAACAGACUUUUUCAUCCUCCUCCUUCUGGUGGUGCCUCCAUGAGUGGCAGACAUCCCCCUCCAGAUGCCUCCCAGGUUACAGCCCUGAUGCCUCCUCUCCUUGACCUUCCCUGUUUCUAUGAGGAAGUGGAAUCUCUCUUAGAUUACAGCCUUGCUUUCCACGCUCCCAUAGGUGCCUCAGUGGAUGCUCUUCAUCCUCAAUGUCGUCGUCGCCGUCAUGAGUUAAUGGAACCUCCCUCCAUGGGUCUCCCUCCCCCUGCCACCCAGCUUUCCUCUGCCACAGAGUUCGCCACCGAGCGUUAUGCCUCAACUACUCCUGUCUUUGCAGAUCUUCCUCAUCCUCCUCGUCUUGGAUCUCAGCAAUUCAUGUCCAUGACUUCCAGCCCUGCUCCUCCUCCUACUCUUUUUGGCAGUGUGGGUGCAUCUUUUUCCAGGAGGCACAAGGCUGCUGCCCCCAUUGUCUUUGAUCAACCCGCAAUGUCUGCACCACCCUCUCUCCCUCGAUCUGGUGGCUUUGGUGGUUUCCUCCAACAAUCGAAUGAGUCUUUGGGUUUUGGUUUCUCAGACUCUGGACUCUUUGGAGCAUCUCUUCAGAAUCUAGCCACUCUGAGUUCUGCAUCUACUACACACAGUGCCGCUUUCGCCCCGGCUCCCCCUCUUCCUGCUCACUCUGUUCUCUUUGGUCAACCUACAGUUCCCAAGUAUGCUAUUGGCAUGUCAAAUGCGGUUGCAUAUGGGAGCACUACUGGUGUUCUGCAAAAGACAACUGAGCCUGAACAGUAUCGUGGUUUCUCAGUUUCUAGCUUUGGAGCAUCUCAGCAACAACAAAAAUGCCCUGUGUUUUCUGCAGCUGCUGGAGCCAAAAUCAUUCCUAAGCUUAGAGGGACAUUUCGGGGAAAACAAAUAAGCAGACCUCACACAGUGGCCUGGAAUAAGCUGUUUGAACUUCAACAUGAGGAUGGAUACUGGGAGUGCACUGACAGACUGAGCAGCUUCCUCAACCUGGACGUAGACUUUUUUGCCAAUGUCUUCCUUAAGGAGAAAGGCAUCCGUUCUCUUGGUGUGAAGGCUCAUGCUGACAUUCUGAGGCUGGUGGCGACUCUUCUGGUGCUGCAGCUGAUCCGGGUGAAGAAGCUGGCAGUGGGACAGCUGCUCGAGUCUCUCCUCCGGCUGAAAGAGUCCCAGGAGCCCAGACCGUUGUACUGGGAAGCAGUGAAGAGGGCCGUGGACUGGGCCUGCCGGACAGACAGACAGUAUCCGUGUAUGUGCAGCAGGCUGGAGAUCGGCUGGGAUUGGGAAUCAUCUACACGUCAACUACUGGGCUGUGAUUCUCCACACCCAUAUUCCCCACUCAAACCUGUUCUGGAGAGACGUACGGGUGUAUCAGUCAUGUAGAAACUGGACAGACACUUCCCUCUUCAUUGGCAGUUGCUUGCUUCACUUGCUGUUUGCUUAAUAUUGCUUGCUUAAUAAAUGUCUUUAUGAGACUUUGAGCUUUAUAGUGCUCUCAAAAGUAUAUCUGGACUCCUGGACUUCGUAAGAUGCUUGAAUUUCAUUGCAUUUAAAAGAAAAUAUGAAAACAAGUGCCCUUUUUGCUAACCUUUUUUUUCAGAACUAGACAUUUGUUCAGUUACUUGUAAUCAAGUGUGGCUGUGAUUUUUAGUGGAGUAUGAAGUAAUUUCUCCUGGAGUUCACACAGAUGUCCUAGCAGAGCAACAAACAGCUGUAGAUGCAGUAUGUUGUUUUAUCAUUAAAAACUUAAAUUCUACUUGUGAAAUGUUUUACUGACAAGUGUGUA